AUGCAGGAAGGUGUUGUAUUGACCACAGCAAUGCCCUCUUCAUCUUCAUCGUCAUCAUCAUCUUGGAGCCACCAUUGCAACAAUCUCUGUAACUGCAAACACGCUCCUUCCGCCACCUUAGACCUUCUUAUCCUCCUCCUUGUUCUCUUCUCCGGUGCUUUCCUUCUCUCCUCUUAUUUCUCCUACAUCUUCAACUCCCUCUCUCUCCUCCUCCCUUCCGUCUCUCUCCCCAUACCCUACCUCCUCGCAUUCGUUAUUUUCUUUAUCGCUUCGGUGAUCACCGUUGAGUUGUGUUGUGGCGCCCGAUCUCGGAAGUGUGAGAGGAUCGGGUGUAGGGGACUGAAGAAAGCGACGGAGUUUGAUUUGCAGAUAGAGAGAUUUGGUUCGGGGACAGGUUCGGGGUUAGGGUUGGGUGAAUAUGAUAAACUUCCUUGGAAAGGUGGGAGUGAAGGGAAUCCUGAUUAUGAGUGUCUUAGGUCUGAGUUGAGGAAAAUGGCUCCGAUUAAUGGUCGUGCGCUUUUGCUUUUUAGGGCUCCUUGUGGCUGUCCUAUUGCAAAGCUCGAAGCUUCUGGUCCUAAGAAAGGAAAGCGUCAUAAGAGGUCUCAAUCCAGUGCGACUCUUAAUGGAGGAGGAAAUCACCGUUGA